UACGUUAUGUGUGUAGAGAUAGGAAAAAUGACGAUAUUCAAAUGUCAUUAUUCUUUUGGGACCACUGUGUUAUAUAAAAAAAGGUAUCGAUUUUUUAAUUACUUACGUGUUCGAACGUACGUAUUAACAUAUUAUUAAUCAUCAAGCCAUUAAGAUUAGAGAUAGUUGAUUAAAAAUCAAAAUAUACAGUAAUUAUCUAAAAAUAAAAAUUUAUUGAACUAACGUCAGUGCUAGAGUGUUCAGUAUAAGCUCAGUAAUUCUUACUUCGUGUUCGUUAAACUGCAGAAAUGAUAAGAAGUGUCAUAAAUAGUACGUUGUUAUGUCUUGUAAUAACGUUUUUUUUAUUAUUAUUUCAUACUGUUGAAUGUCGUCACAAACAUCGUAGAUUUGAUCCAGUUUCAUAUUUUUCGUUCUAUAAAUGUAAAGGAAGUUUUGAUUCCGUUAAAAUAAUGAGUCUAGCUUUUCGAUGUAUUCAAUGUUAUGAUGGAAAUUACGGUGCAUAUAAUUAUCGAUCUUAUUGCAGUCGUGAUUGCUUUCAGACUUACACAUACAAAGAAUGUCUGCAAAAAUUGCAAUUACCUGAAGCAGCUAUGGAAGUUAUAAGAAAAGAUGUUGAGUUUAUAACAACUAAAAUGGAUUUCGCAAGCAAUGACAAUUCACUUGGAAAUGAAAAUAAUCCGGUUAAUCUGCCUAAUAAUUCAACUAAUAAAACAGGGGAGAACAGUAAACAUUCACUUGUGGAUGAAGACAAAAAGGAAAACAAUAGUGCUAUUAAGUUGCCGCAAUCAACAACAAGAAAGUCUACUCGUAAGAAAGUUAAGCCUGUUUCACCUUUAUUUAAAUCACUAAUUGGAGGAGGAUAGUAUAUCUUUUUUACAUAGGAAUAAGACAGC